CAAUGCGCAGCCAUUAGAGUUUAGAUUCCUGACUUUUACUCAACAGAUUUUAUGAUUAUCACACUGUUUUACAUUUUAUUUUUCUAACUAACCAUCAUUUGUACCAUCUUUUCUUUUUUUCUUCUAAUUAACCUUCCCCUUAUUUCCUAUUUUUCAUUCUGACCAGCAAAGGUUAACACCAUUAACUGUUCAAUCUAGUUCAAUUAUGGAAACUCCAAAGGAUAACAAAUCUAAUGUUGAGGGCGGCGGUGAUGCCAAUUCGGAAUACAUCAAGCUUAAAGUAGUCGGCCAAGAUUCAAAUGAAAUUCACUUUAGAGUCAAAAUGACCACCCAAAUGGGUAAAUUAAAAAGGUCAUAUAGUGAACGAGUGGGUGUACCAGUUACUUCAUUGAGGUUCCUAUUUGAUGGUCGACGAAUCAAUGACAGUGAUACUCCUAAGCAGUUGGAAAUGGAAAAUGAUGAUGUAAUCGAAGUCUAUCAGGAACAAUCCGGCGGCCAAUUGGUGUUCUAGAGUUUAAUUCAUGUCGUUUAUCAUCUUGUCUCUUUCAAACUCAACCAAACAAAAUACCAGCACCACGAAUAAAACAACGUCGUUUUUCAUCUACUAUUCCUCUUAAUUUCAACUCAACAUUACAAGCAUACACUUCAAAGAUUGGAUCUUCAGGCUUCAUACAGCAAAUAAACAUUUAUUAAUAAAUGAUUAUUGUAAUUAUUUA